CGCAUAGGAACCAAAGCGGGACUCCCCAGGGAGCAGCCAAAGCACACAAACAGUACUUUUCCAUCUCUGUGUGUUUCACCACGGACCAUUAUCUGUUGUCCCUGACACAGGUGCCCAGCUGGAAAGCUUCCCAAAUGAGCACCGCGAUGCCCCACGCUGCAGCCGUCCCCGCUCCUCCCUACAGACCCACUGCUGGCUGCAAGCAGACACAGCACGGUCCCCUCCCUGCCUACAGCCCUUCAACAGAGCUUCAUGGACUGCUGGGCUCUGGAGUCCCACCAGCGGUGGCUCUGCAGGGAAAAGCAGCAAGGGCUCUUCAGCCAUGUCUCCCCUUGCCGCUCCCUUCUGCCAGGCCCCCGGCAUCAUCGUCUUUGUGACAUCACCGCGGUGCACCCAAGGGAUACGGGAGAGCACCCGCUGGUACCCACAGUCAGUCAGCGCCAGCAGCCUCUCCUGCCUGACUGUUGGGACUGGGCCUGGUUCUCCAGGGCAGUGGCUGCCGAGCGAACCGUGGGUCCAGGGCCGACAGCAGAAAUGGAAUGGGAGCCGGCUCCCGCACCAGCGCCAUCCCUUUGUGCUCCGCAUGCGCUGGGGCAGUCGGCAGACACGGCUGCUGCCGGCCCUUCAGGACAGGGGCAAACAGCGCCCUGUGACACAGCCGCAGCAGCCACACAGGAGGAGCGGGAUGUGCAACCCAGCAGCGAGGGACACGACACCGUCCGAAUCCCUCCUCUUUCCAACCGGAGCAGGGGCCCAGCCAGCGAAUUCUCAGGCCUCGGCUUUCCACAGAGGCUGUGGAAGAUCCUGGAAAGCAGCGAGUUUCGGUCCAUCUGGUGGGGUAUGGGAGGAAAAUGUGUGGCCAUCAGUGAAGAACUCUUCCAACAGGAGGUGCUGGGCCGGGUUUUCUCCACACAGAAGAUGAACUCUUUCCUCCGGCAACUGUACAACUACGGCUUCACCAGAGUGCACCCAGACUCCCAGAGAUCUGCCUCCCUGCCUGAAUUCCUUGCUGAGGAAGCAGCAGCCUCUUCUCACAGCAAGGUGCUCUACUACCACAGCCCCAGCUUCAGCAGAGAGCGUCCCCAGCUGCUGGAGCAGCACAAGAGGAAAGCUGCCAUCAAGCGGAAGGCCCCGGGGGCAGCACAGGAGGAGGAAAAACAUCCCCCCAGAAGCGCCGAUGCGCAGCCUGCAGUGCACACGAGGGCAUCUCCACCCGCCAAGCGACGGAAUGGAGCACUUCCUGGCCCCAGCACUGCCCGUCCAUCCCCAAGGGCAGCUGCUCCCUCAAGCCCAGAGCCUGCCAGAGCAGCAGGCAGCAAGAGCUUCAUCCCUCCCAACCACUUCUUCCCACCACCAUGGUGCCCAGCUGGAAAGCUUCCCAAAUGGGCACCGCGAUGGCCCACGCUGCAGCCGUCCCCGCUCCUCCCUGCAGACCCACUGCUGGCUGCAAGCAGACACAGCACGGUCCCCUCCCUGCCUACAGCCCUUCAACAGAGCUUCAUGGACUGCUGGGCUCUGGAGUCCCACCAGCGGUGGCUCUGCAGGGAAAAGCAGCAAGGGCUCUUCAGCCAUGUCUCCCCUUGCCGCUCCCUUCUGCCAGGCCCCCGGCAUCAUCGUCUUUGUGACAUCACCGCGGUGCACCCAAGGGAUACAGGAGAGCACCCGCUGGUACCCACAGUCAGUCAGCGCCAGCAGCCUCUCCUGCCUGACUGUUGGGACUGGGCCUGGUUCUCCAGGGCAGUGGCUGCCGAGCGAACCGUGGGUCCAGGGCCGACAGCAGAAAUGGAAUGGGAGCCGGCUCCCGCACCAGCGCCAUCCCUUUGUGCUCCGCAUGCGCUGGGGCAGUCGGCAGACACGGCUGCUGCCGGCCCUUCAGGACAGGGGCAAACAGCGCCCUGUGACACAGCCGCAGCAGCCACACAGGAGGAGCGGGAUGUGCAACCCGGCAGCGAGGGACACGACACCGUCCGAAUCCCUCCUCUUUCCAACCGGAGCAGGGGCCCAGCAAGUGAAUUCUCAGGCCUCGGCUUUCCACAGAGGCUGUGGAAGAUCCUGGAAAGCAGCGAGUUUCGGUCCAUCUGGUGGGGUAUGGGAGGAAAAUGUGUGGCCAUCAGUGAAGAACUCUUCCAACAGGAGGUGCUGGGCCGGGUUUUCUCCACACAGAAGAUGAACUCUUUCCUCCGGCAACUGUACAACUACGGCUUCACCAGAGUGCACCCAGACUCCCAGAGAUCUGCCUCCCUGCCUGAAUUCCUUGCUGAGGAAGCAGCAGCCUCUUCUCACAGCAAGGUGCUCUACUACCACAGCCCCAGCUUCAGCAGAGAGCGUCCCCAGCUGCUGGAGCAGCACAAGAGGAAAGCUGCCAUCAAGCGGAAGGCCCCGGGGGCAGCACAGGAGGAGGAAAAACAUCCCCCCAGAAGCGCCGAUGCGCAGCCUGCAGUGCACACGAGGGCAUCUCCACCCGCCAAGCGACGGAAUGGAGCACUUCCUGGCCCCAGCACUGCCUGUCCAUCCCCAAGGGCAGCUGCUCCCUCAAGCCCAGAGCCUGCCAGAGCAGCAGGCAGCAAGAGCUUCAUCCCUCCCAACCACUUCUUCCCACCACCAUGGUAG